CUUCCCAUAACCUCUUUUUCCCCCAAUAAACCAAAACCUCCAUCAUCACCGUUGUCAGUCGUCACUCAGCCCGUGAUCCCAUGUCGGUAAGAACAGUGAAGGUCAGCAAUGUUUCCUUAGGUGCUUCCGUGCAAGACAUCAAGGAAUUCUUUUCAUUUUCUGGUGAAAUUGAAUAUGUUGAUAUGCAAAGUGAGAAUGAGCGAGCUCAAAAUGCUUUCGUCACUUUUAAGGAUUCUCAAGGCGCAGAGACUGCAGUUCUACUCUCGGGAGCAACCAUAGUCGACCAGUCUGUUACCAUUGCUCUUAUGCCAGACUACACUCUCCCACCUUCUGCAGCUACAUCUUCAGAGCAACAACAACCACCAAAUGCAACAGCGGAACAAAGUGGGGGUGCUGCUGAAUCUGCUGUCCAAAAGGCAGAGGAUGUUGUGAGCAGCAUGUUGGCCAAGGGAUUCAUAUUGGGAAAAGAUGCAGUUAACAAAGCCAAAGCCUUUGAUGAGAAGCACCAAUUGACUUCAUUAGCUGCAGCAAAAGCAGCUACAAUAGACCAGAAGAUUGGCCUUACUGAGAAAAUCAGCAUUGGGACAACAAUUGUGAAUGAGAAAGUGAGAGAAAUGGAUCAGAAAUUUCAGGUGUCUGAAAAGACAAGAACAGCAUUCGCCACUGCUGAGCAAACGGUAAGUGGUGCUGGAUCUGCCAUUAUGAAGAACCGGUAUGUGCUGACUGGGACCUCUUGGGUCGCCGGUGCAUUUAGUAGGGUGACAAAAGCUGCCGGAGAAGUGGGACAGAAGACCAUGGAAAAAGUGGCGGAGGAAGAACAGGGGCAAAAGGCCGAGACCCGCCAAGAGCCACCCACUUCCCCCAAAGCAGCACCAGCACCAGCUACUGCUGCUACUGCGACUGCUACUGGUUGAGCGAGUGCACACCACCCUCUAAACUCCAUUUUAGUUUUAUUGCUUCAUUUAAGUGGUAGGCUGUAGAUUAUGCAGAAAUUGUGGAUUUCAUGGUAUGAACCGAAGGAUGCAUGGUUUUAUUGGCUUAGUAAUAGUUGUAGUUGGAAACACAUAUGGUUGUUUGAGAUGCUAAAAUGGGUAAUUUUGGCAAUGGAUUGCAUUUUAGGAAUAUGUCACCCAUUCCUUCGUUGCCCGUUUCUCAAGUAUAUUACAGAAACUGUGUUGCAUAAACUCUUAUC